GGGAGUUGGCCGACCAAUAGGAAGCGAGCGUUGACGUAGCGCUCUGGUCCCGUUACACUUCCUGAGAUUGGAGUUUGCACGUCAGACGCCGCGGAGGAUCACACCGAAGGCGCAUCCCCCUCAGACAGGACCCCCGUUACUGUGCCCCAGCCACACUCGCAGCAUGGCCUUCCCCGGAUACGGAGGCUUUGGAAGCCUAAAUCAACAGAUGCAGAUGAUGGGACAGGCCAUGGCAGGACCAAACAUAAAUGCUGGUUACUUUGGACAGCCCCAGUAUCCUCAAGGCGAUCCCUUAUGGGGUUAUUUCUCAGCUAUUGCUGGACAGGAUGGUGAAAUAGAUGCUGAUGAACUACAGAGAUGUUUAACACAGGCUGGCAUCCAUGGGACCUAUACUCCUUUCAGCUUGGAAACUUGCAGAAUCAUGAUAGCCAUGCUGGAUAUUGAUCACACCGGGAAAAUGGGAUUCAAUGAAUUUAAAGAAUUGUGGGGCUCUCUGAGUGCAUGGAAACAACACUUCUGUACAUUUGACCAGGACAGAAGCGGAACAGUGGAACCACAUGAGUUCAGCCAAGCCAUUAUGGCAAUGGGUUACAGAGUAAACCAUCAGACCCUGAAUGUUCUUUUAAAACGUUACAACAAGAAUGGCAGAAUAUAUUUUGAUGACUAUGUUGCAUGCUGUGUGAAGUUGCGGGCUCUGUCAGAUGUCUUCAGGCGAAGAGACAGCAUGCAGCAAGGGUUUGUCAACUUUGUAUAUGAUGAUUUUUUGCAGUGCACCAUGUCAAUCUGAAUUUUAUGACUCAAUCCGAUCGUGAAGAAUGGCAUUACAAUCCAACAUGUGAAUUCUUCUGUUUGGAAGGAACCAAGUGACCCUCAUGUGAAUCAAGCUAUUGUAGAACUUCAGUUUUCCAUUUUUUGUAACACAUCCGUUGGUAUACAUAAAACAUUUUUUUUUUUUUUUUUUUUAAAGUGCACAAGUUAUUACAUUUUAAUAGUUAUUUUGUAUUUUUUUUUUUUAUAUAUAUAAAUAGGCCAAAUGAAGUUAAUAAACCUGUCUUUACAUA